GCUAGACUAGACCUAGUGCGGAGGAGCAUGAGGGUAUUCAGAUUACAAAUUGCACUCUGGUGCCUACAAAAAUAAGCAGUGCCGAGUGAGGACGAGAUCGGUCAAACAUCACUGCAAACAAAUAGCAAAAAACAGCAAACAAAAUGACCCUUCUCAGCCUUCCCCGCCCGGGCGCGCAAGCCUCUGCCCCACAAGCCCCCAUCGCCGCCCCUUCAGAGGCCCACUUCACGCAAACCUUUGGCCAGCUCCUCCCGCCGGCCAGCUUCCUCACCACGCCGCAGGGGACGGCAGCGUUCUACGAGCUCGCACCGCCGACCGGACCCUCGGAACCACCAGCGGCCGACGGCGUGCUGCUCAUCCACGGCGUGCAGACGCCGGCGCUGGGCAUGUGGCCGCUGGCGCGGGCGCUGCGGGGCUCGUUCCCGACGCGGCGCUUUUGCCUGGUCGACCUGUGGGGCCACGGGCUGAGCGAGACGCCGGUGCAGGCGCACGAGCCGGCGCUGUUCCACGCGCUCGUCGACGCCGUGCUCGACCGCCUCGGCUGGCCGGCCGCCCACGUGGUCGGCUACUCGUUUGGCGGCGCCCUGGCCGUGGGCUACGCCGACUCGCGGCCCGCCCGCGUGCGGAGCCUCGCGCUGGUCGCGCCCGCCGGCCUGAUCCCGUCCGCGGGCCUCGGCGGGCUGGCGGCCCUGCGCGGCGACGACCCCGCCGCCGCCUGGGCCUGGACGCUGGACUUUCUCGAGGGCGGCGAGCUGGUCGUGCCGCCGGACUGGCGGGCGCGCGUGGCCCGCGGCGAGGUGGUGGCCCCCGCCGUCAGGGAGUGGCAGAUGCGCGAGCACGCCGGCCACAAGGCCGCCGUCGUGACCAUUGUGCGCGACGGCCGCAUCAUGGACGACGACGAGGCGUUUGCGCGCGUGGCAAAGAGCGGCGUGCCGGCCGUCGGCGUCGUCGGCGCCCUGGACCCGGUGUGCAGCGGGGAGCAGCUGCGGGCGGUGGGGUUUGCGAAUGUGGUUGUCGUCCACGAGGCGGGUCACGGCGUCGUGCGUGAGAAUGCGGCCGAGGUCGCAGCGGCGAUUGAGGCGUUUUGGAAGGGCUUGUCGGCGAAAUCCUCCUAGUUUGGUUUGGAUCUUUGCACCGUGACUAAACCUCGCUCGAAUGGAGACGUCUUGAAUGUUUACGAACUACUUUCCGCUGCUGGUCUAGUGCUUUGCGUAUCGAGCGUAAUCCCACUCACUGCUCUUGACAAGGAAUGAGAAUCUACAUUUCGACUAAAAACUCUUGGCAGGCGGCUAAAAAAUAUACUAUCGCAAGUUUUUGGAUAAUUGUGGCUACGUGGGAUGCAUACGCGGGAUGUCGGCGAGAAAUCCUGCAUCAAACGAGCAGUAAAAAUCGUGGUAGUUCCAAUAGGGUUAUAGGUUUCCCCCGUCGGCGCUCUCAAUUGUCCGUUGGCCGCAGAUUUGGCUUUGAUCUUUGUGCCUUUCGUCUCAUGUUGUUGAGGCGAUGUACUGGCUGAG